UUAUAUAAAUACGAAAACCAAGUUUCAACUUCAGCCCCCCUUAGAUUAUAUGUCGAAUAUGCAUUGAUUAUCUGGAGUUCAGAUACAAAGAUUCCAUUACACGAGUAUAAAAGGAACAAGGAGUUGGUACCACUGCAUUGUAGAUCGAUAUACAAUUUGAAUCACGAUUGCUUUCGUAUACUAGAAGAAGCUGAAUUUGAGAAUUAAUCACUCAAAAGUCUUAAACAUGAAGACCCUUUUACUCUUUGUUUGGGUGGUUGUUUUGAGUGUGAUUGGGGUUUGUCAAGGAGGUGGUUUGAGGAAGCAAUUCUACAAGAAAUCCUGUCCUCAAGCAAAGGAUAUUGUCAGAAGUGUGACCUGGAGCCACGUCUCAAGCAACCCCAUCUUGCCUGCAAAGCUUUUAAGAAUGCAUUUUCAUGACUGUUUUGUUAGGGGUUGCGAUGGCUCCAUUUUACUAAAUUCCACUGCAAAUAGCACUGCGGAGAAAGAUGCAAUUCCAAACCUAUCUUUGGCAGGAUUUGAUGUUAUUGAUGCCAUAAAAUCAGAUAUAGAGAAGGCGUGUCCAGGAGUUGUAUCUUGUGCUGACAUCUUGGCCUUGGCUGCUAGGGACUCGGUUUCCUUCCAAUUCCAAAAACCAAUGUGGGAAGUGCUUACUGGCAGAAGAGACGGCAAUGUUUCAUUAGCUUCCGAUGUCUUUUCUAACAUUCCUUCGCCCUUCUUCAACUUCUCCUCCCUUUUGCAAAAUUUCAACAGCAAGGGUCUCAACGUCCAUGAUCUAGUUGUACUAUCAGGUGGACACACCAUUGGCGUAGGCCACUGCAAUCUCUUCAGCAACAGGCUCUACAAUUUCACAGGCAAAGGCGACCAAGACCCUUCCCUGAACUCCACCUACGCAGCUUUUUUGAAGACCAAAUGUCAAAGUCUUAGUGACACGACCACCACUGUAGAGAUGGAUCCUGGCAGCUCUUUAAACUUCGAUAGUCAUUACUUUGUUAUCCUUAACCAGCACAAGGGUCUAUUCCAAUCCGAUGCAGCCCUUCUAACAAACAAGAUCGCAAGCAAUAUUGCUGGAGAGUUGGUUGACUCGCGAGUUUUCUUCACAGAGUUUGCAGAGUCAAUGAAGAGGUUGGGAGCCAUUCAGGUUCUUACUGGCACUGAAGGGGAGAUAAGGAACAAGUGCAGUGUGGUCAAUUCCUGAGAGAUUCCUUCUGCCUGCCUGCGUUUUCUUCAAUUUUAUAUAUAAUUCAAAAUGUCGUUAUAUUUUUAUUAAGUUACCAACGCUAAAUUUUAUUGUAACAAGGUCCUUAUAAAUAUAAUUUU